AAUUGUGGUUGAACAGUAACUUUAAUGCAUGUGUACAUAUACACUGAUGUUUUAGAGCCAGACUUUGUAUCUCUGGUAAGGUUGCUUUCCAAUUUAUACAUUCUAUUUUUUCUCUCUUGUGCUAUGAAAGUUUCUGAAAAUGGAUAGGCAGACUAAAACCAAACUUAAUUCCACCCAGAAUUGCAGCUUCUGCUGGGUAACUUGCAUCAAGAUGACAGGUAGAAAGUGUUUAGGACAGAGAAAGUUAAGCAAGCAAGCAACCUAACUCUUGUAUUCUGUUGAGCAGAUACUUUCUGUUGUACCCACGUACAUGGCUAUAGCCAUCACUUCAGUGGGACCAGAAAGCAGAGGGAUGUAAGGUGGGGUAGGAGACAGGGGAAAUGGAAAAUAAGGCAUCUGGGGGUGGCAUCUAAGCAACCUUUCCUCUUCAAUGUUGAAAACAAUCUAUAUAAGUGACUUCAGGUAUGUCUGACCUUUUGUAGGAAGGUAACAUUUUUGACCCUGGUCAUGUACCCAGUGGUUCUUUGCCACUUUUUUUUUUAAACUAGGAACUGUUCUUCAGUGUAGAUAUUGUCUCCUUGAUUAUGUACAUAUUGUCAACAAAAUCCUAUUUUUAAAAGCCUAUUUUCCUCAUUCCUGAAACAACCUAACCUGGUUGACUUGUUGGAGUGCAUUUCAUGCAUUCUUAGUAACAAGCUGAAGGAAACGCCUAGUUCAGUCACAGCUAGGGGGUUCAUGCACACUCCCUGGAUUCUUCUGCAAAGCUGACACGUCCAUGCUGGGAAAGGAUCACAGACGCCACUGCAUACUACAGCAUGACUGUUCAGAGUGUGGAUAGUCUCCCAGUGUGGCUCAAUUGAAGGCAGUAAAAAUAAGCCGGAACUGGAAGUUGUCUUGCCACGACUGUGAGAAGCUUCAGCCCUGCCUCGAGGGAAAACUUUUUCUGAGUAGUUGCCUUCCGUACCUGCCCACCUUCUGGGGAAGAGUUGCCAACCAGGACUGAUGCACUGCUAGUUACUGAAGAUGGAAGCAGAAAGGAAAAACUCUCCAACACUGAGUAAAAGCAAACAGCCUGUGAAAACAGAAUGGGGGUCUCAAAGUGUUGUAUUUACUUACUUUCAAGGGGAUCUUAACAGUGUGAUAGAUGAACACUUUUCUAGAGCGUUAAGCAAUGCCAAGAACCCACAAGAUCUGAGCACAAAGCACAAGAGUAAGGAUGUUACCCUGAAGAAUGAUAGCCACAUGUCUCCCCAUCAGUGGAAUUUCUCUUCUCAUUGGACCAAGUCAUAUCAAUCAUCUCCUGCUACAAACACAUCGAAUUCUGAUCUGAAUUUGUCGGCUGCUGCUACAGAUCACCAUCAGGCAUCAGUUCUGCGGAAUCCUCCUAUUCAGCCUGCAGAGUUGUGGCACUUCCCUUCGAUAGCUAAUCCACAUCUUACUGAUUCAGGAUAUCCUCGCUCCUUGCCUGACCCUCAUAUGGUGCAGGGACCAAUGUCUGAUGGGAAAUACGGUUCUCUUCUUGAUUUUCUGCAACAGGAAAGGUGCCCAGCAUCUAGCCAGGAAUCUAUCGUGAAGCAAAACUCUAACUCAGCCUGUAUUACUGGAUCAGCUAGGUUACAAAAUAUGAGUCAAAGUUUAACUCCUGGGGAAGAAAGGAAAACCAGCUCCUAUCAAAGCCCAGGAAACCCCAGCAUCACUCCUGCCAGUUCAGGUAUCCAGUCUCAGGCUAGAAGACGAGACUUAUACUUUUAGCCAAUGGACAUUUCUGCUUUAUUCCUGGAGAGUUCUUUCUGUGAACUUUUAUAAUUCACAGUUGUGAAUCAGGAGGAAAUAGACCACAGCCAUUCUGUGUUUUUUCCAAUCAGCCAGUUGCAUGACUACACAUGCUAAUAUACUAUUUUGUAAAUGAGAGUGAUUUACUUCUAAGUAAAUAACUUCCAGCCUGUGUGAUUC